AUGAAGUGGGUUUGUCCGCUUGUAAUACUGGUGCUAAAUACCGCAGGUGGUGUUCUUUGUGAUUUUGGACUGAACGUAACUGUGCCCGGCUACACGAGUAGUAUCAAUCAGUCAAUAGGAAAUGGAAUAAACUCAGUGAUCAGAGCAAAUGCAUCUAUAAAAACUUCCCCGGAAGAUGAUAGUACUGCUACCAUUGCUAAUUUGAUCAUUAUUGCAAAUAAUGUCACAACUCCGCUGAAUAAAUUACUUGGCAGUAUCCUAGCGGCUUCUACAGUUAAAAAUGUUAGUAUUCAAGAUACGUUCGCCAAUUUAUCACAGCUGAUUGUGGACACUAAACCAGCACUGACAGCUGCAUCGAAUGUUGCAUGCAAUCUUCGAGAAACAACAAAAGACUAUCUCUAUCAAUUGCUGAGCGGUAAUUUAACGGCUUUAUCCUCAAUUCUAACGAACCUCACGGAGGGUUUAAGUCACCUUAAAACGCAAGUCGAACAAGCAACCAAUGAGCAGUAUCCAUUAACCAGUCAAAACAUCACCAUCUAUCUCAACGGUACAGUUCUAUCCAAUGUGACAACACCGCUACAAGCCAUCAGAAACUAUCUUACAAACGUCGCUGCAAUAGGCACGGUCAUUGCUGUCGAACGAACUCAAGCCAUUAACUACCUGUCACAAGUGAACACAACACUGCAUAAAGGUCUUCAAAACAUAAUAAAUGCAGCAACAGCUUUCAACCGCACCGUGCUGGAGACUUACAAUCGCAUAACGACCCACCAAGUGAACGCAUUCAAAGCCAUCAAUCAAACCUACGCCUCGAUUGUUUCACGAGGCUCCUCCUAUAACAGUGGCGAUAUCAGUAAUCUAACCUUAUUCCUAUCGGACCUAGUCGCUGCCAACGAGAGUUUCUCGCAGCUUGUCAGCCUCAGCACCAACUACACGGUGGAGCAAUUUUUCCCAGUUCUGCAGGAUCGAAUUGGUGCAGUAUCGAAAACUAUUUUGACAACUGCCAGCUUUCUAGCCGAUCAGAGUGCCAUCAAUGCAAGCAUCUAUACCAACCAGUGUGCAGCCCGCUUGGUGCAACGUCUACAGCAAAACCCACUGCUGAUUACGAGGCUUUCUCGUUGCAUACAGCAGGAAUCCAACGCGUUGCAACCCACCAUCACGUUCACCCAGCUUCAGAUGGACCUGGUCAAGAACGCAGCUGGCUCGAUUGCGACCCAGCUGGCUAAAACCUGCCAGCGACCCACCGGCUUCUGCGCAAAAACGUAUUUUGCAGCCCUUCCGGACCACUCACAGAUGAUACAGAACAAGGUAUCGGUGAUUGCCGGGGGAAUCAGCAACGAUGAGCAUAUUGCGACUGGACGAACGCUGAACUGUAUUCACGGAACCGCUGCAGACAUCAUCGAAAAUGCACGGUUUAUUAGGAAACGAUUUAACAAGUGCCUCCUGAAUGGGCCAUAG